CCCAGUGUGUUGUAGACCAAAAAGCAAACCCAAACGAAUCGAGUGAGUCGACUCAGCUCAAUGGCGUCUACACUUCUAAAGCGAGCGUCCUACUCCGCGAUGAGAUCGGCCGUCGGAAUCGGAGCCUCCUCACGAGGCUACGCGGCGGUGGCAGUCGGGACGGACUUAGUCUCCGCCGCACCCGAUGUUUCCCUUCAGAAAGCUCGGAGCUGGGACGAGGGCGUCUCCUCCAAGUUCUCCACCACUCCUCUCAAAGACAUUUUCAAGGACAAGAAAGUCGUCAUCUUUGGCCUCCCUGGUGCGAAUACGGGGGUUUGUUCCCAGCAGCAUGUGCCUAGUUACAAGAACAACAUUGAUAAGUUUAAGGCUAAAGGGAUUGAUUCUGUGAUUUGUGUAGCGGUUAAUGAUCCCUAUGUUUUGAAUGGAUGGGCAGAUAAACUUGAAGCCAAAGAUUCGAUUGAGUUCUAUGGGGAUUUUGAUGGGAGCUUCCACAAAAGCUUGGAGUUGGAUAAAGAUCUCUCUGUUGCUUUGCUUGGACCUCGUUCUCAGAGAUGGUCGGCAUAUGUGGUUGAUGGGAAGGUUAAAGUUCUAAAUGUUGAGGAAGCCCCAUCAGACUUCAAGGUCUCUGGUGGAGAUGUCAUUUUGGGACAGAUCUAGAGAGACAGUUUACAUGAAUGCUUCUGAGACAUGUCAUCUGUUUGCAUCUUGAUAACUUCAAGAUCUUGUAUGCUAAAAAAUUACUCCUGGACCUCAGUAGUUGUUCUCCUUCAAAAUAAUAUGCUUCCUAUGCAAGCUUCAAACUA